UCGGCGGGGUUGGAAAGGGGGGAGCAUUGGAGUGGUAUACUUCACCACCCCUCCUAUGGGUUUACAAAGAGUUAGUGCAAGAUAUUCUGCUCUGGGAGUGAGACUGCGAGGAUAAGCGGCAGUGUGCUCUCGGAGUAUCGGUGUAUAACACAGUAGAGGCUUUUUAUGUUGCUUGACAUCUCCGAGAGGGAUUGAAUCUCAGAUUUUGCACCUCUUCGUUUUUUAUAAAAAAAAAGAAAAAAAUUCUAUUUUUCAUUUUUUGCUGUUUUGUGCAAACAUUUGUGCAGUUAUUGAUGGAGCUGCGUGAAGUUGAAUCAUGACGGGACACGAGUGUCUCCUCCUGCGUUCACCUCAUCGGCACCUUCACCUUCACAGGUAGCCGGGUAUAAGCAAAGGGGGGGAAAAGCCGGGUUUCUCGGAACGUUUACGGGAGAUCACCAUUGAUUUUUCUUUUUGGAUCUCUACUUGUGAAAGGCAUCACAAAACACUGAUCACCUUCCUGGGUUUACCGGGGGACCGACGCUGAUCACCGCAAUCCUCGCAGGUCGCGCCGUCAUUCCCUGUCCAUUCCUGAAGUUAAAUUGGGAGAAAGGAACUGCGACACUAGCAAUGCAGCCUCACAUUAACCCCAGUUUUUGUGCUUUGCAGCUUUUACAUCAAACCUAUUCAUCUGUCUGAUCACUCCGACAGGGGCUUUUUUCCCCUCCUCUCUCUCUCGCUCUCUUUUCUGGAGCAAAACGCCACAGAGGCAGAGAGGGAUCUCUUCACCUGAAUAAACUCGCAUACGGCAUCAAGGGAUGAGAAGACUAUGAGCUGACACACUCCAGUUUUUCUUCUUUGCUGCAACGGAUUUGGGGUAUUUUCUUGGAAGAUUACUGUCAUCGUGGUCAACACUGCACAGAAGUGAAUAAUUAAACUACAAAGCCUGAAGAGAAAUUAACAUUGCUAUGGAUCUGAAAGACUAUUACCUGUUGGCUGCUCUGCUUGCCUGCAUAUGGCUUGAUCCUUCAAUAGCUCAAGAAUUAAUUUAUCCCAUCAGGGAGGAAUUGCAAGAAAAUGUCCUUAUUGGAAAUAUACCAAAGGACUUAAACAUUUCCCAUACAAAUGCUGCCACUGGAGGAAGUUCAAAUCUUGUGUACCGGCUGGUCUCCAAAGCUGGAGACAACCCACUGGUCCGUGUUCUGAGCAGCACUGGAGAGAUAUUCACAACAUCAAACCGAAUUGACAGAGAGAAGUUGUGCCCCGGUCCCUCAUUUGAGGACAGCGAGUGUUCCUUUGAAAUUGAAGUGGUUAUCCUGCCUAAUGAUUAUUUCAGGCUGAUUAAGAUCAAAAUAAUCGUCAAAGACACAAAUGAUAAUGCCCCCAUGUUCCCGUCCCCUGUGAUCAACAUCUCUAUCCCAGAGAACACUCUCAUUAACAGCCGCUUUGCUAUUCCUUCUGCCACUGACCCAGACACUGGCCCCAACAGUGUCCACAAAUACGAGCUGAUCAAUGGGCAAAGUGCCUUCGGUUUAGACAUUGUGGAGACGCCUGAGGGGGAGAAGUGGCCCCAGCUUAUUGUGCAGCAGAAUCUCGACCGGGAGCAGAAGGAUACUUAUGUGAUGAAGAUUAAAGUGGAGGACGGUGGCAGUCCACAGAAAUCCAGCACUGCCAUUCUUCAGGUGACUGUAACAGAUGUCAAUGAUAACAAGCCAGUGUUCAAAGAGAGUCAGAUAGAGGUGCAUAUACCCGAGAACUCCCCUAUAGGCACAUCUGUGGUGCAACUCCAGGCUACGGAUGCAGACAUUGGGGCAAAUGCAGACAUACAUUACGUAUUUGGAACUCAAGUGUCUCCUGCGACUAAAAGACUUUUUGCAUUAAAUACAACCUCUGGCCUAAUUACAGUACAGAGACCUUUGGACCGGGAGGAAACUGCUAUUCACAAGCUCUCUGUUUUAGCCAGCGAUGGCAGCUCAAGUCCAGCUAGAGCUACUGUUACUAUAAAUGUGACUGAUGUUAAUGACAAUCCACCUAAUAUAGACCUGAGAUACAUAAUCAGUCCCAUUAACGGGACUGUUUUCCUCUCAGAGAAGGAUCCCAUCAAUACUAAGAUCGCUCUCAUCACAGUUUCAGACAGAGACACUGACAUAAAUGGCAAGGUCAUUUGUUUUAUAGAGAAGGAUGUACCUUUCCAUCUGAAAGCUGUGUACGACAACCAGUAUCUGCUGGAAACAUCUGCUCUGCUUGACUACGAGGGGACGAAGGAAUACAACUUUAAAAUUGUUGCUUCAGAUUCUGGAAAACCGAGUUUGAAUCAGACGGCCUUGGUGAGAGUGAGGCUAGAGGAUGAGAAUGACAACCCACCUAUUUUUACUCAGCCAGUCAUCGAGCUGCCCGUCAUGGAAAACAACAAGCGCGACCUGUUCCUCACCACCCUUACCGCUACAGAUGAGGACAGUGGGAAGAAUGCAGAGAUAGUGUAUCAGCUGGGACCGAAUGCAUCAUUUUUUGAUCUGGACCGUAAAACUGGGGUCCUGACUGCAUCUAGGGUUUUUGAUAGGGAGGAUCAGGAUAGAUUCCUCUUCACCGUAACGGCGAGAGAUAACGGAACUCCCCCUUUGCAAACACAGGCAACUGUUAUUGUGACUGUGCUGGAUGAAAAUGAUAACAAUCCUAAGUUCACACAUAACCACUUUCAGUUCUUUGUGUCAGAGAAUCUGCCUAAAUACAGCACUGUGGGGGUGAUAACUGUGACAGACUCAGAUGCAGGAGAAAAUGCUGCCGUCUCUCUUUCUAUUCUGAAUGACAAUGAGAACUUUAUACUAGAUCCAUACUCUGGGGUGAUAAAAUCUAAUGUGUCUUUUGACAGGGAGCAACAGAGCUCCUAUACUUUUGAUGUUAAGGCUGUGGACAGUGGCAGGCCUCCUUGCUCCUCAGUCGCAAAGGUGACCAUCAAUGUCAUUGAUGUUAACGACAACACGCCAAUUGUCAUCUAUCCACCCUCAAACACAUCUUUCAAGCUUGUCCCUCUGUCCUCUAUCCCAGGAUCUGUGGUAGCUGAGGUGUUUGCUGUUGAUGGUGACACAGGGAUGAAUGCUGAACUGAAAUACACUAUUGUGAGUGGGAAUAACAAGGGUUUAUUCAGAAUCGACCCUGUCACUGGAAACAUUACACUGGAAGAAAAGCCUGCAAUAACUGACAUAGGCUUACACAGAUUAGUGGUCAAUAUCAGUGACCUAGGAUAUCCCAAAUCACUCCAUACCCUGGUGCUUGUAUUUUUGUAUGUCAAUGACACUGUGGGCAAUGCAACACUCAUUUAUGAUCUCAUCCGGCGCACCAUGGAGACCCCAAUAGACAGAAACAUUGGUGAAAGUAGCGAAACUUAUCAAAAUGGUGACUAUUUAACCAUAAUGAUAGCCUUUGUUACGGGCGCAUUGGUGGUGAUCAUUGUCAUCUUUGUGACUGUGCUGCUGCGCUGUCGCCAUGCAUCCAGAUUUAAAGCCGCACAGAGAAAAAAGCAAGGGGCUGAGUGGAUGUCACCCAACACAGAAAACAAGCAGAACAAAAAGAAAAAGCGCAAGAAAAGAAAGUCCCCCAAAAGCUCUUUGCUCAACUUUGUCACCAUCGAGGGGAACAAACCAGAUGAUCCUGCCCAUGAACCAAUUAACGGAACCAUCAGUCUGCCCACUGAGCUGGAAGAACAAGGGAUUGGACGCUUUGAUUGGAAUGCCACACCUACUACCACCUUCAAACCAAGCAGUCCCGACCUGGCUCGGCACUACAAGUCAGCCUCACCACAGUCGGCCUUUCACCUUAAGGCUGACACACCUGUCUCGGUCAAGAAACAUCAUGUGAUCCAGGAACUCCCAUUGGAUAACACAUUUGUUGGGGCCUGUGACACCCUUUCCAAGAGAUCCUCCACGAGCUCCGACCACUUCAGUGCCUCAGAGAGCAGCUCCCAAGGAGGGUUCAAAACGAAGGGGCCCAUGCACACCAGACAGCAGGGAACAUUAACUCGUGCCCGAACUGAACUGAACCCCGAAUAUCUGGACCUCCGUCCUCGAGCAGAGCUGAAUCCUGAAUAUUGGACCCCUUGCACCCCUUUAUCACAGCGGCGCGUCACGUUUCACCUGCCGGAUGGCUCUCAGGAGAGCUGCAGUGACAGCGGUCUGGGGGACCAUGAGCCUGUAGGCAGUGGCUCUCUCCUCACACAACCUCUCCCUCUGGUGCAGGCGCAGGACGACUUCUACGAGCAGGCCUCCCCAGAUAAGAGGACUGAAGCUGAUGGCAACUCCGAUCCUAACUCUGAUGGACCCCUGGGACCACGAGGGCUUGUGGAAGCUACAGAGAUGUGCACACAGGAGUGCCUUGUCCUUGGGCAUUCAGACAACUGUUGGAUGCCUCCCACGUUAGGAUCGUACCAGCAUCCUAAGUCACCCGUGUCUAGCUUUAGUUCUCAGCGGGAGUGGGGUCAGAAGGACAAACUCCUUAAUGGACACACUCUGUCCAGAACCUGGAAAAACGAAAGUGGACGGUCAGAGCAUUUUGUCGACAGGAAGCAGUUUGGGAGUGAGGAGGGACACUUCACCAGCAGCAGCAUGGCUGAUAUUCCUUUGGUGAGUCUGAAGUCUUGCCAGUCAGCAUCCUGCCCAGACAGUCCAAAGGACCAGCAGCUAUAAAACUGACUCUUCUUUGCUGCAAGAAAUCUGCAAGAAAUCUGGACAGAGUAAACUGGUGAGGCAUCUCACCUGGGCUCACCCUGUGUUUCAUUGGUUUAUUUCUUGUCUCCUUUCUUCAACUUAAGUUAAUGCUUCUGCAGUCUAAAAGCCACAUGUACUGUGUAGGCCUCAAAAUAGUGCUGAUGCUUAGUUCUUCACAGUAAAAUGUUUCUGCAGCUCCACUCAGUUUUCUUUUUUUUUAAAUAAUACAAUCCUCAAUGAAAAACUUUUUCUUUCCACUUCUUUUGAGGAAAUGUGGAAGAAGGACCUGCAUAAAACUGAAAAAGAGGAGAAAAGAUGGCUGUCAGACAAAUAUAUACAAAUCUUUGUGGUGUGAUUGUUAUUGAGCUGUUUGGGACUAUAUUAAUCAACACAAUCAAAGAAAAUUUUGAUUAUAUUUCAAAAAAGUGUUGGUCCUAUAACACUUGUUUGUGGACACUUGUUUAUUCUGUCACUGUCUCUGUGUUUGUAAAUAAUACUUAUUAACCACAAUCAUGUAUCUGUAAUAUUCACAGUGGGUAGGACAGUUCUUGGCUUUUGUUAUUAUAAAGGCUUCUCAUCAGAAUUGGGGAAAUUCAGCCGGGCAGAGAUCUCCAGCAGAAAGUGACAUUUCCAACAAGAAUUUUUUUAUUAUUAUUAUUUCUGGAUUUUUACUGAAAGAAAAUCUUGCCACAUAAUUUACUGUUACCUAUAUCCCAUAUAAAUUUUAUUCAAGUGCUGCAAAAAUCUCAAAGGCAAAUCAGUUUUUUUUUUUCUUGUUAGAAAAACAAAACAAAAAAAAGCUUUAUGAAGGAUGUCAGUGCUCAACAUGUGCAUUAUAAAACUGAAAAGCUCUAAAAGCGCUCUGAUUUUAAAAGUGUUUAGUACAAUUAAAUAGCAAUAUAUUUGUAAAUGGCUAAAUGUUUUAUCUAAGGUUGAUCUUACUGUAUAGAUUUUCUUCAAUUUGUGAUUUAACUGAGGGCAAUUUCUCAGUAGUACCUGCAACUUAUUGACCUAUGUAUGUAAAUAUACAUAUAUAUAUACUGUAUAUAUAUGUACUAUUUCCACAGACUAUUAUUUUCCAUACAUAAGAAAACACAGGUAAAGCUAACACUUAAAUCACCGUGCCUUCAUGAAACACUGAAUUGUGCUUAUUCGAAUGACAAGAACAUGUUGGCUGCCGAAAAUAUCCGGUCUGAUAAUCAAAUGCCUUAUGCAUUGAGUGUUUGCCAGAUUUAAAGACAUAAAGUGCAAAAUAAAGUCAGAAUAAAAAAACGGCAUGGACAGACUCUGUGUCAGCCAAGAUUACUUGUCAUUUCACCAUCUGAAAGAGUUGGUUUUCACAGCAUGGACGGCAAAUACACAAAGGAAAAGCAUGCUAAAUGAUAUACCUUAUUUAAUUAAAUUUGUCAUUUUUGUCUUUGCUUUUUUCUUUUUCUUUUCGAGAUUGGGUGAGGGGUAGAGUUGAGUGGUGCAUUAAGAGUAGUUCCGUUUGUAAAGCACUUUCACAUUAAUGUCACAGUAUAAAGAUGUUAAGUGGGAUGGAGUGAUUUGCUUAUCGCAGUAUGUUUAUUAGUUGUGAGGGUGUUUGACAUCACCAAUACUGAAACAGUUAAUCCUUGUUACUCUACAGGUAUACAGCUACUGCAAUAAAUGUUUUAAUUAUGUGUAUGCUUUUUUUGCGUACAAGAUGGCUACAUCAGGAAGUCUGUGUCCUUUUUGUGAAUAAAUACCCCCGUGAACGUUUGUUAA